GUUCUCGUUCGUAUGCUCGGCAGAGCCGUCGUCAUUGGGCGUCGGGACGUCGCGACGACGCUCUUUUCCUCUCUAUUUUUAUCUCUCUCUCUCUUUCUCGUAUAUCAACUAACACACGCACAAACACGCGAAAAUUCUUACUUUCUCUCUCUCUCACUCUUUUAUGCUCACCUAACCCAAGGCGAUCGCGCGCGCAUUCGUUGAACGUUUCCGCGCGUGGAUAAACGCGCCGUUCCGUUUCGUUCCGUUUCGUGUUCUGCUGCUGCUGUCAGUUUGCGAUUAGCGUUCGCCGGUGCACACGCGCGCGCGCGCGCAUCAACGCGCACCAGUAUAUAGUGCAUUCUUUUCGGUUAUUUCGGAAGUUUUAUCGAAAUCCUGUGUCAUCGAGUAAAGUUAUCUAUUUACAGUAUAUAUACCUGUAUAUACGUAUAUAUGUAUAUUUAUAGAAAAUUACUUACUAUUUAUAGAUUUUCGUUUAUCUUGUUGUCAAAUACGGAUAGUGUUUAAAACAUAUUUUUAUUCGUAAUAGCGAAUAAACGUACGUGAUAUAUAGCUAAAUAUAUACAUACAUAUUAUAUUCAUUGAUAUUUCAGCGUCGGGUGCAUCAGAAUCAGUGCGGCAAAGUUCGCGCGGAUUUUAAUCGUGCGCGAGCGCGCGCGCGCGCACACGCGAUCGCUCGUGAUUAUUAUUUCGACUCUAUUGCAGAGAUCCCACCUCACGCGAGGUGGGAAUGAACGUUUUGUUCUGUUUUUAUUUUCUUCUUAUUUUUCUUUCAACUCACGGUGGUGUAUAAUAAUAUAUAUAUAAUAAAUACAUAUACGUAUAUUGGAAAAUAAUUGAAAAAAUCGAUCAUUCGAUUAUGAUCGUACGAUAUUUGUAAGCAUCGGUGUGCCGGUGAAUCAACCGAUGGGAGGGAAAAGAAGUCUUAUUGUCGAGUUAGUUACGAAGAAUGUCGAUACUUGCCUAGAUUGUCCUUUGGACAUAGGCGAUAUAUCGUGACAAGUGAAGGAGAACCUAUCGCAAGAUGGGACGGCCGACGUUGCGAGGAUUGAGCGACGAAGGACAGAUCGUUUUUGUCGCUGUCGCCGUCGCCGCCACCGCCGUCGCAGACAUCCUUCUCGAGAGAAGACUUUCGAAAUUCGAAGAAAGGAUCAAGAUCUCAAAAUUAUUCGGGAGAGGUUGAAAAUAAUCGAAAGAAGUUUACGGAUGAAGCUCGAUAAAGAAGUUGGUAGGAAAGGAGAAGGAGGUGGUGUUGGUGCUGGUGCUGGUGCUGAGGGUGGAAGUAGAGAAGGUUGUGAAAGAGGAAGAGGAGGAGGAGGAGGAGGCAAGGAUUACCUUCCAAGAGGAAGGACGAGAGGACGAGUCAUGUCACAUGUCGUUCCUAUGCACCUGCCACGUUUCGCGCCAAUCGGCAAAUUUCUCGUCGUUGCGAUUCUCGUGCUAUUUUCUUGUGCUACUCGUUUCGCUCGUGCUAGCGAAUUUCCUGAAAGAGAAUGCUGCGUCUUCCCAAUACCCGAACCUACAGGAAGAUCCACAGCCGCACCUAUACCGACCGGCAGAAGUGGAUCUGAUAUCAAAAAGGGUGUUGCUAUAUUGAAUUGCCUCUACGCUCGUCAACUUUGUUUCGAGGAUCCAUCCUGUAGUGCUAUUCUUGAAAUUAUUCCACGUGUCUGUGGUCCAGAAUUAGUGGCUUGUUCAACGGUGACAGUGACAAAGUGUCGUUCAGCACUUCAUAGUCUGCAAGCUUUCUCAUUCUUUCGACCCACGUGUCUUUGUAAAGAGCGGCACGUCGAUCCAGACUGCAAUAGUUUCCAAAAUUUCCUCUUCGAUCAUCCCUGCAUUGAUGUACAGAAAAAAGAUAAGGAGCAGCACCCAAUAGAACCUUUACCAACAUGCACCCACGCCAUGAACGAGUGUCUACGAGCGAAGCUGUGUAAUCAGAUCUUGGAGAACUUCAAAAGCAGCUGUAAAGCACGAGAGGGCAAGUGCAGAAUGGAGAGUCGAGACGCUUGUCAUGACUCUUGGACGCAACUUCGAUUAUCAACGGUCUUUGGUUGUAUAUGUCCAAACAAUCACGUAAAAAAACGAUGCGACAGGAUCUUCUCAUUGGUCAAUCAUAAUCCAUGCGUCGGUGAGUAUAAGAGAAAGCGAGAGUGCAAGAAUGUGAGAGUGACUGAUGAGAGAAAGGAGGAGUUGAGAUGAGACGUAGCAGAUUCGAUCGGUAGGUCGAAAAGUCCUCUGCAUUUGUUCGUCACUGCUUGAACGUACGAGUAUUUCUAUUUUAUAUUAAAUAUACAUAAACAUUAAUUUAUUACAAAUAGAAAAAUAUUGUAAAUACUUCAUCAACCAAAUCGAAUUAAUUAUUUUAAAUAUGAUUACAAAAUACUCUUACGAUCGUAAAUCUAUGUUCUUGCGUAUAUUAUAGGUACCGGUAAACAAAGGAUCGUUUAAAUUAUUAUUAAAACAUUAUCCGCGCUAAGUAUUACAUAGUAAACAAAUAUUAAAUCAUAUAAUCAACGUUUCACGCUAAUAAAAACGAUCUUUUAUUUACGGUAUUUACAUCGUUUUAAAUUCAGUCUAUUUUUCUUGUACGUUGAAUCGAGUAAAAAUUGUUGCUCAAAGAAUGAACGAGUAUAAAAAUGACUAUAGCACCUUGUGAAAGUCGACUGUUGGUGUUGUGAAGUAACUUGGAUGACAAGUUUUUCUUUCGUCACGUUGUUUUACGAGAUUACAUCUUGUGUCUCUAUGUAUCUGUAUCAUGUAAAAAUUUUUACUUUUUUUCUCUCUCGUUUUCUUUUGUUUCUAUUUAUUUGAUCAAUGUAUGCGUCGGAUCGAAAGGUCUUAUCGAUCUUGGAUUAAAAAGCAAAGUUGCAUUUAGACAAUUCGUUUGGUCGAGAAUAAUAAUACUCAGUCUACGAUAUUUUUUUAUCUAAUUGGGAACGAUUAGAAAAAUAAAACAAAUAUAGAAGAAGCAGUAGCGAAGCAAUUACUUUUAAUGAUACUGCUGUAUUUAGAGCUCGCAAGACGUCGUUAUAGCAUCCUUUAGAUAAGCUCCCUUUUUCCUAAUUAACCGAAAACUCAUGCUAUUAAAACGUAAAUUGGGUUUUCAUUGUAUAGUCGAUUGAGUCCUAAUUUUAUUGAAAAAAUUCUUCUCUCGAAACGAUAUUUUUACAUCCUUAAUAAACUCGUUAAAUAAUUUUUAUUUGCUUCUAACAAUGAUUAAUAAUUAUUUCAUAUAAUUCCUAAAAAUAAUUCCGCACUGAUUAAAAGUUUAUAAAAUAUGUAUGUCUAUAAAAAAACUAAUAUAUUAAUUAGAUAUGCUUGCUUAUAUAUCCAGGAUCGAUGACGUUUCAUAUAUUUUUGCCUCGCAAUGGUAAUUUUAUUGGCAUUGUUGAAACACGAGCGUGCGGUCACGCGCGAAUUGCAAUGAAAGAUAAAGGAGAAAAGAAAACGUAAGUAAGUAAGUUACAAAUAUCACACACAAGGGCAUGUGUGACCUAUGUGCAAAUGUUUAUUAUCUAUGUGCGCGUCUGCGGAACGACUUCGCACUGUGCCAUAGGAAGUACAAUGGCAAAGCAGCUUAAACAUUGCAGUAUAAGUGUUGCAUAUUUUAGCGAGAUCACAUUUAUGAAACUUUUAGUUGUUACUAAAGUUACGAGAUUAUCGAAAUAAAUGCCGAAAACUCGAAAACUAGUAUGAUCAUUAAUCUC